CGAACCAACACGCAUUGAAUUUAAAAAAAAAAUGAGUGCCACAGGUGAGCCGCGACUGUUCACCGUUCGCAGCCUGGACAAAAUCAACGUCGAGGUGGCCGACGAGGAAAGAGCCGUCGUAGCAACGUCUGCAACGACGAGUGAAUUUACUGCAACUGGAGGGAGAAAGAAGCGAAAUGCUAAGCAAGCUCUCAAUUGGUUUAAAGAAAGAUCCAGAUGCGAAAAGCAAUUAAUUGUCGGGGUUGGCAUCCUUCUCGCCAUUUGCUGUACCCUAUUUAUCACGGCGAUUGUUUUGUUAUUAAGAGGUCCGCCCUAUGACGAGUCGAAGGUGUGCAGAAGUGAUGAAUGCAUGGCUUCAGCUGCGUUGGUUAUGCAGAACAUGGAUUUUAACGCAGAUCCGUGUGAAGAUUUCUACCAAUAUGCCUGCGGGAGAUUUUCAGAAUCGAAUCCAAUCGUAGGGGACAGCCUCGACAUCAAUUUGUUUAAUUUAAAAAGGAAAAAACUCGACCAGGAAAUAAAAGAUUUUUUAGAAAAGCCAGCCACGUCUAAGGAUCCUCUGCCGGUGCAACAGGCCAAACAGCUUUAUGACGAAUGCCUAGAUUUAGACGCGAUGGACAAGGAGGGAAUGAAUCCGAUCUUUGACUUGUUGAAAAAAAUAGGUUUGCCUUUGGUGCCGGCUUUAUUCAGAUUCGAGGACAACGCGGGAGAAUCGGCGCUUGGAAACUGGCAAUGGGCCGCACCGGCGGGUUCAUUUACCCGUUGGGCGGGAAUCGAUGCUAUCGUCGGAGUUUACGUCACGCCAGACCUGCACAACUCUUCCCUAAAACGCGUCAAGAUCUACCCUCCGAGCUGGUCAACGCCCUACUCGUUUAAAAAUCGAAAAAAGUACGCAAAGUUGAUGUCCGACGGGGAAUUCAUUGAGGAGGCGCUCAAGGAGUCGCAAGCCGAACGGAGUUUGCCGAGCAAGACAACUACGUUGAGAAAGAAGUUCAUGCGCAACGUGAUCGAAAUUGCAAUCAAUGCAACCAAGGGGAACCAGACAAACACAAAUAAUCAGUUUGAGCGGCAAGAAGACGAGAAAAAGAUGAAUGAGAGCUUGUCUGCAAUGGACAAAGCUCUUGACAAACUGAUUCAACUUGAGAAAUCCCUUAGAACGGCGUUAAACGGGACUUUCAGAGAAAUGGAUAUGAAAAAAUUCAACCUUUCAGACCUGCAAGAAUUCACAGACAACAUUACGCGCGAAAAUAAUUCUGAAAGGAAGAACCUGAUCAAUUGGGAGGUGCUCUUCAGCAAAGUGUUUGAAGGAACGAACGUAACCACUGACAAACUCGGCGAGAUCUACAUUUAUGAGCCUUACAUCACCCACAUGACCAACACCUUGGCCAACUCUUCCACUUCCUCCGUCGAGGCGAUCUUAUGGUGGCUCGCAAUCGACGCCGGUGUGCAACACACGACCAAAAAAAUGAGAAACGCACUAAAUUAUUACUUGACGGACUUGUACGCCACGAGAUACAGACCUAGUAAAAGAUCAGACAAAUGUUUGUACAUGGUUAGCAAAUACUUCGGUGUGGCCGUCGGACACUAUUUUGCAAACCCUGGAUUCGUCAACAGAUCAAGCGAAAAGAUUGGAACAAUGUACGACGGAAUUAAAGACGUCUUCAAGAGCAGGGUGCGAGGGUUGGAUUGGAUGGACGAAGUUACAAAGCAGGCGGUCAUAGAAAAGGCAGACACCACUAAAAUUAACAUCGGCUUUCCGAAAGAGGCGCUAAACAGCACCAAUUUGACAAUGUACUACGCCGGGGUCGAGAAGUUUGAAAAGAAGGACAAGAAAAAGUUUUUAAGCAAUUUCAUGAAGAUCGUCCGAUACCACUACUUUGAAAUGUUUAGCCGACUAUAUGAGCCAGUAAAUCGCGAGGAGUGGGCGUCUGAUCCGAUGGUUGUCAACGCGUUUUACAGCAUGGAAACCAAUUUGAUAACUGUCCCAGCGGGAAUUUUAAGGUUUCCCUUUUUCGACACUGGACUUGAUGUUUUGAACUACGGAGGCAUAGGAGUGAUUUUGGGCCACGAGCUAACCCACGGAUUUGACAAUACAGGGCGGCUUUACGACGCGAAUGGCAACUACCGAUCCUGGUGGGUGAACGACACGGCCGACGUCUACGACAACAAAACCAAGUGUUUUGUCAAACACUACGGAAAACUGUACAUCGAAGAACUUGGAUUUGUUGAUGGCCGACUGACGUUGGGCGAAAACAUUGCCGACAAUGGCGGAAUACGUGCUGCAUUCGAGUCCUACCAGUUGUUGCGAAAACAGAAGCCCGACCUGAAAGAGUUGCUUCCGGGACUGGAAAUGCUUUCCCCUGAAAAGCUCUUUUUCAUUUUCUACGCUGGCUGGAGCUGUCAGAGUGCAGACAAAAAAGCCAUUGCGUACGUCAUGACGGACCCUCACUCACCAAGCGAGGCGCGCGUUUGGGGCGCCGUCAGCAACUCCUGGAUUUUCGCAAACACGUUUGGCUGCGAUUUCUGUUCCACGAUGAACCCAAAGAAAAAGUGCGAGAUUUGGUGAAUUUGCUCAAUCUGCCAUUUCGGGGGAAAAUUGAGCGUUGAAAUCACUGAAUUCCGAGUUUGGAUUGGCAAUAAUCUUAAAUGUAAACUAAAUUUUAAUUGUAAUUAAAUUAUAUUAAUUUAAUUAAUUGAUAUUAAAUACACAUUGUACCAAAUUUAAUACGUAAUACAGUAUUGAGAUUUGUAUAGAAGAGCUGAUUGUGAGAUGUGAUUAAAAUAAUUUUUACGUAUAGGCAACCUGUGAAUUUUUGGUGCGCCUCACGUUGCAUACAUCACAGGUUGAUCCUUCACAAAUACCAGCGU